AUGCGGUUCUCCUCCUUUGCCGCUCUUGCGGCUCUCGCUUCAGCAGUGGUUGCUGCUCCGGUCAACAACUUCCAACGCCAUGUUCUGCACGAACGCCGAGAGGUGUCCCACAACUGGGUGAAGCGUGAUCGCGUGCACAGCGAUGUCAAGCUACCCAUGAGAAUCGGUCUGGUUCAAAGCAACCUCGACAACGGUCAUGAUCUCCUCAUGCAGGUCUCCGACCCUGACUCCAAGUCGUACGGAAAGUUCUACUCCGCCGAAGAGGUCCACGACUUGUUCGCGCCAGUCAAGGAUAGCGUCGAUGCCGUCAAGCAGUGGUUGACCAGCGCCGGAAUUGAGGCCAAGAGGAUCUCGCAGUCUGUCAACAAGCAAUGGAUGCAGCUCGAUCUCAGUGCUUCGGAGGCCGAGCAGCUUUUACAGACCAAGUACCACUUCUACGACCACCCGGCUACUGGCAAAACCACCAUUGGAUGUGACGAAUAUCACGUCCACGAAAACGUCGCUCAGCACGUCGACUACAUCACUCCCGGCAUCCGCCUUCUCUCCUCUCGCAGCGUCCGCGCCGACAGCCCCUCCCUCCAAAAACGCACCUUCGGCUUCGGCAACCAAAAGCCCCUCCCACCACUCCUCGCUCCCCUCCCUCAAUCCCUCGAGUCCCUCCUCGCUCUCCCCCUGCUCGCCCUCUGCGACGUGGCCAUCACCCCGGAGUGCAUCAACGCCAUGUACAACAUCACCAAAGCCACUUCCGCUGUUCCAGGCAACGAACUCGGCAUCUUCGAGGACUUGGGAGAUGUGUACGCCCAGGAGGACCUAAAUUUGUUCUUUUUGACGCUGCAGCAGAGGAUUCCCAUUGGUACGCAUCCCAAGCUGGAGGCGAUUGAUGGCGCGCAGGCGCCUGCUACUGUCCUCAAUGCUGGACCGGAGUCCGACCUCGACUUCCAGAUUUCGUACCCUAUCAUCUGGCCUCAGAAUUCUGUUCUGUUCCAGACUGAUGACCCGGUUUACGAGGCAAACUACACGUACGAGGGCUUCUUGAACAACUUUUUGGAUGCGAUUGAUGGAUCGUACUGCACGUACUCCGCCUUUGGCGAGACCGGCAACUCUCCCCUCGACCCACCCUACCCCAACCCAGCUCCAGGCGGAUACAAGGGACAACUCCAGUGCGGCGUCUACAAGCCCACAAACGUCAUCUCCAUCUCCUACGGUGGCCAAGAAAACGACCUUCCCGCCUCCUACCAACAGCGCCAAUGCAGCGAGUUCAUGAAGCUCGGUAUGCAGGGUGUUUCUGUUCUUGUGGCGUCCGGCGACUCCGGCGUGGCAGGUCCAGCAGGCGACAACAGCACACAUGGGUGCUUGAAUGGCGGCAAGGUCUUUUCGCCUGACUUCCCGGCUACAUGCCCUUACCUCACCACCGUCGGCGCCACCGUGCUCACUGGUAAUGUCAAGAAGGACGAGGAGCGAGCCGUCACUCGCUUCCCAUCCGGAGGAGGUUUCUCCAACAUCUACCCCAUCCCAGACUACCAGAAGUCCGCUGUAGCGAACUACUUUGCGACCUCCAACCCUCCCUACAAAGCCUACUCUGGCAGCACCUACGGCGAUGGGAUCUACAACCGCACCGGCCGCGGCUACCCCGAUGUCUCAGCCGUGGGUGACAAUGUCGUGAUCUUCAACAAAGGCGCUCCCACCAUCAUCGGCGGAACAUCUGCCUCCUGCCCCGUCUUCGCGGCCAUUCUGACUCGUAUCAACGACGAGCGCCUGAAAGUUGGCAAGUCAACCGUAGGAUUCGUGAACCCAACUCUUUACAAAAACCCACAAGUCCUCCACGACAUCACCGUCGGUUCCAACCCCGGCUGUGGCACGGACGGAUUCGCGGUGGCGAAGGGCUGGGAUCCCGUUACGGGAUUGGGAACGCCGAAUUACCCGGCUAUGUUGAAAUUGUUUUUGGCGCAGUCGUAGACGCGGCCUCGGUCCAAAAGCAAGAAUACGACAGAAUACGAUUGAAGGAAUACAGGACUCGCAGACUAUGUAACGAUUUAACGAAAGAUUUGAA